CCUUCAUAAUUUUCUGUUUGCCUUUUUGGAGUAAAUAACGAGUAUUUCCAUGUGAGUGCAUACAGAUGAGGGCUGGGGAAGUACACGCCAUCGUGUAAAUCGUUCGCUUUCCCGUCUCACCGUGGCCCUGACAGGACCGAGAAUUCCAAAGAGGCGUCCAGAUGCUCGUCACCACGGUGGGAGCCUUCGCAGCCUUCAGCCUGAUGACCAUCGCCGUGGGCACUGACUACUGGCUCUACUCGCGCGGCGUGUGCAGGACUAAGUCCAUGAGCGACAACGACACGAGCCGCAAGAACGAGGAGGUGAUGACCCACUCGGGGCUCUGGAGGACGUGCUGCCUGGAAGGAACCUUCCGAGGAGUGUGCAAGAAAAUCGACCACUUCCCUGAGGAUGCCGACUACGAGCAAGACACGGCCGAGUAUCUCCUCCGUGCCGUGAGAGCGUCCAGCAUCUUCCCCAUCCUCAGYGUGGGGCUGCUGUUCUUCGGGGGCCUGUGCGUGGCCGCCAGCGAGUUCUACAAGAGCAAACACAACGUCAUCCUCAGCGCCGGCAUCUUCUUCGUCUCUGCAGGUCUCAGCAACAUCAUCGGGAUCAUAGUGUACAUCUCAGCCAACGCAGGGGACCCGGGGCAGAGCGACUCCAAGAAGAGCUACUCCUACGGCUGGUCCUUCUACUUCGGAGCGCUGUCCUUCAUCAUCGCCGAGAUGGUGGGGGUGAUCGCCGUGCACAUGUACAUCGAGAAGCACCGCCAGAUCCGCGCCAGGUCCCACUCGGAGCUGCUSAAGAGGUCGGCCUUCACCCGCCUCCCCCCCUACAGGUACCGCUUCCGCCGGCGGUCCAGCUCCCGCUCCACCGAGCCCCGCUCCCGGGACAUGUCGCCCAUCAGCAAAGGGUUCAGCACCAUCCCCUCCACCGACAUCUCCAUGUUCACCCUCUCCAGGGAUCCCUCCAAGGUCACCAUGGGGACGCUGCUCAACUCGGAGCGGGACCACGGUUUUUUACAGGUCCAUAACUCCAUCCCCAAAGAGUUCAAGGAGUCUUUGCACAACAACCCGGCCAACAGACGAACCACGCCGGUCUGAGGCGGGCUGGGCCGUGGGCAGGCUGCAUGGCAUCACCCUCGUGACGGUGUAACCUGUGAAACCCCGUUUUUAAGGACAAACCCAGAGGCUCCCCGUGCCCCCGCCCGUGGGGCUGGUUUUUCACUCCUGAAAUGCCACUGGCCAGGCCACGCCGCUGCGCCCGCGGUGGGAGUGGGACCCCCGGCGGGGAGGGGACGGGGCCACGCUGGGACCCCGGCCCCGGUGCCCUGCGGACUGAGCGGGGCUCCAACCAAACCCCCGGGACAGCGGCUUCCCGAGGUCUCCAUCGUUCGUGUGAUCAUAACCGCAGUGUUCCCGUAGCUGUGUGUCCAUGGAAAUGCUGGCGACAGCCCUGUCUGUGAGAACCCUUAACCCGGUAGUUACAUUUAAGUGGAAUCGCCUGGAAGUCCGGAGCUGGCAGCACUGAGUUGGUGCCGGAGCGAUGCUUGUGUUCCGAACCCCUUUCCCUGUCGUGCUGGACAGAGUGCUCGGGCUGGGUUCCUCUAUGGCGUUUCGUGCAUGCAUUAAAUAGCUUGGAAUUCAAUUUUGUCAUGUCGGGUUGGAAGAAACAUCCUUUUGCAAUUUUCUGUGGUCUCGAAAGGGCUUAUUUCCUUCCUUCCUUCCUUCCUUCCUUCCUUCCUUCCUUCCUUCCUUCCUUCCUUCCUUCCUUCCUUCCUUCCUUCCUUCCUUCCUUCCU